CUUCCACAUGGGGAAAUGCAGAGCUGAGCAGCGCACAGUGCACAGUGCGAUCUUGAAUGCAGCUCAAAGGCGCAGAUCUGAUGUAUGAGCAAAGGGCACCUUGUAAGGCCACAUCAGCUCAAUGCGACCAGAAGGAAGCAGACGCUGUCCGCAGUACCUGGACCCUGCUGGUUUACACCCGGACUUUUCUCCGCUGUGAUCGGGGUUUCCUUGCACAAUUCCCGCAAGCAACAAGUAAUCUUUGCAGUCCUCAACUUUGAUACAGCAAUGAGCACGUCCUCCAAACAGGAAAUGCUGCAAGUAUAUGCAUUUCUCUGCAAGAAGGGCACUCUGAUCAAGUCAAACAGAUCCUGAUGAUCUUCGGUAUAAAACCCGCUUUCAUGGCGAUCGCAAUCAUCGCCGCCUGUGCUAGAGGUGUCAGUCCUGUGUGUCUCAGCCAGCCUGCCGAAGCAGAAAUGGUGGCAACUGUGAAUCCAAAGGCUGAGGAGCUGAUGCAAGCAAAGUCACGGUGGAAACUGCUCCAGGCCCACGUGCUCUUCCGCCACGGUGAUCGUAGUCCAAAUGUCAGGAGCGCCUAUGCCAGCUCAAUCCCAGCAAAUGUGAAGACCUUAUGGGCCCAUCGUCUUGUGGACAUUGAAACCUUUGAAAGGCAGAAGUAUGUUGAGGGAGGCAAUCCUUUCCCUUUUGGACUCUUGACCAAGAAAGGGGCUCAUCAGGCUUAUGAGUUGGGCCAGCGGUUGCAGAUCAGGUAUGGGGAUCUCAUUGAGGGCAAUAGUGCAGAGGCAGGGUCGAACUUAGUGAUAAGAUCUACCAAUUAUGCACGCACUCAUGCUUCGGCACGGUUUGUUUUGACGGGGCUUCUGGACUCGGAGGAGGCGGCUCAGCGUCAACAGAUUACUUUCAUGGCGGACGAUGAGGAGAGCUUGUAUCCAAAUCCAGCCUGUAAGAGUUGGGGGGCUUUGUCAAAGAGGCGCCUCCGAGAUGCCACAAAGAAAGAAGACUCACCAGAAGCAUACAAGUGGCAUGCGCGGCUUGAGCAUAUCACGGGCCCUACGCUGAAGCACUUCCAUAUUCCUCCUCGGAAGUUUCCUUGGUUGAUUUUGAUGGACGCACUCAUCUGUGCGGAAGCUCAUGGUGACCCUUGGCCAGACGUUGUCAAACCCGCCGACUUUAAAAAAGUGAAAGAGAUGAACGCUGCUGAGGUCUCGGACAUAUUCAGUGACCAGGAUAUCUGCCAGAUCGCCAUGGGGAAUCUGAUCGGGGAGCUGCUUCAGCAUCUGAGCACGAAGGUGGACAGUCACGAGCGUCCGGGACCCCCCCGAUUGCUGCUUUAUUCGGGGCAUGACACCACUCUCUUGCCACUCUGCGCUUGUCUUGGCGUGCCCCUCAAGACUUGGCCCGGGUACAGCUCGGAUCUUGCAAUUGAGCUUUGGCUUGAUCAAGAGUCGGACCAGUUCUUCGUUCGAGUCCUCUACGAAGGUCAGGAGCUCCCUCUGCCAGACGAGCCCCCAAAGGAUGGAGAAAGCUGGCCCGGAAAGGCCCCCACAGAAGGGAAGACCCUGUGUCGGUGGCAGGAUUUCAAACGAAUAGCACAAUGGUCCUACAUCCCGCCUGACGAGGUUAAGAGGAGAUGCAACGCAGUUCCGGUUGAUAAGGCUGCCUUGGCCGGCGUUGUCAGCUCGGGGGGGGGUUCAUUUGAUUCUUCCAAGCUCUGAUGUCUUGCUUGAGGGGAGCGAGGCUCAGGCGAGGACUUGUAGAUUGUAAAAUUCGUCUUGAUUAAGCCUCGAUCAGCGAUUCUGACAUCCUCUAUUAGUCAUUGACGGAGGAAAGAAUGGUUUACCCAAUUAUCUGAUGUACAUGCUUACAUAGCCAGUAGCGGAAGUAGUGUCCUUAGAAGUACAGCAAGCUCCAUAUUGGGAAUGCGGUCAAGCAUACAAUGGCAAGCCUGAUGAGCGAGCAUGCACCAGAUUGUCAUCUUUGUAGGCACAUUAUGAUUCUAAGUUGAUACCUUAAGUUACAUAGGCGUGCUGAGCAUACAGCAAGAACUCCGAGGUCGCAAUCGCAAUCUGUUGAAUCUCUAUUGGUUUCUCUGGCA